UCUCAUAGUUGCCACUCAAUUCUUGAAAGAAGCAAACAAAAAGAUUUGACCCUUUAAGCCUCUCAAGAGUCUCUUCCAAACAUUUUCUGAUCUCUACAAAAUGCCCUUCACUUCUUCUUCUUCUUAAUCUAUUCUCUGCUCAAUUCUCUUUUACAAAACUGUUUCUCAUCACCAUGUCUUCAUUUUCUUCUGUUAGACUUCUUUCACCACCAUUGUCAUCUCACUCUAGACCCUCAAGAACUUCUUUGAGAACCUACUCUGCUGCUCCAGCUGGUUCUGCUGCUGUGGUGCAGCCUGUGGAAGUUGAGGUUGGUGCUGAGAGAUUGGAGCCUAGAGUUGAGGAAAGAGAUGGAUAUUAUAUUUUGAAGGAGAAGUUUAGACAAGGUAUUAAUCCUCAAGAAAAGAUUAAGAUUGAGAGUGAGCCUAUGAAGCUUUUUAUGGAGAAUGGUAUUGAAGAUCUUGCUAAAUUGUCUAUGGAGGAGAUUGAUAAGAGUAAAGCUUCUAAGGAUGAUGUUGAUGUUAGACUCAAGUGGCUUGGUCUCUUUCAUAGAAGAAAGCAUCAGUAUGGUCGAUUUAUGAUGAGACUAAAGUUACCAAAUGGAGUAACAACCAGUGAGCAGACUCGAUAUUUGGCGAGUGUGAUCAAGAAAUACGGAGAGGAAGGGUGUGCAGAUAUUACCACCAGGCAAAACUGGCAAAUCCGUGGUGUGGUGCUGUCUGAUGUGCCGGAUAUACUUAAGGGUCUUGCUGAAGUUGGUUUGACAAGCUUGCAGAGUGGCAUGGACAAUGUGAGAAAUCCAGUUGGAAAUCCUCUUGCAGGUAUCGAUCCAGAGGAGAUUGUCGACACACGACCUUACACCAACUUAUUAUCCCAAUUUCUCACCGGAAACUCGCUAGGCAAUCCUGCUGUGUCUAAUCUGCCAAGGAAAUGGAAUGUAUGUGUAGUAGGCUCUCACGAUCUUUACGAGCAUCCUCAUAUCAAUGAUCUUGCUUACAUGCCUGCCACUAAGGAUGGACGUUUUGGAUUCAAUUUGCUUGUUGGUGGGUUCUUUAGUGCCAAGCGAUGUGCUGAGGCUAUCCCUCUUGAUGCCUGGGUCUCGGCAGAAGAUGUUGUCCCAUUGUGCAAAGCCGUACUAGAGGCGUUCCGAGAUCUUGGUUUCAGGGGAAACAGGCAGAAGUGUCGGAUGAUGUGGUUGAUUGAUGAACUUGGCAUUGAAGGAUUCAGGUCAGAGGUAGAGAAAAGAAUGCCACAGCAAAAACUAGAAAGAGAAUCUUCUGAAGAUUUGGUGAAUAAACAAUGGGAAAGAAGAGACUACUUUGGUGUCCAUCCACAAAGCCAAGAAGGGUUCAGCUAUAUAGGCAUCGACAUUCCUGUCGGACGUCUCCAAGCAGAUGAAAUGGAUGAACUAGCUCGUUUAGCCGACACAUAUGGCUCUGGAGAGCUCAGGCUCACAGUGGAAGAAAACGUAAUUAUUCCCAACAUCGAGAACUCAAAGAUCGAAGCGUUACUUCAAGAGCCUCUGUUAAAAAACAGGUUCUCCCCAGAGCCACCGAUUCUCAUGAAAGGGUUAGUGUCGUGCACCGGGAAACAAUUCUGCGGGCAGGCUAUAAUCGAGACAAAAGCUAGAGCACUGAAGGUGACCGAGGAGGUGCAACGGCUAGUUUCAGUGACUAAACCCGUGAGAAUGCACUGGACGGGGUGUCCUAAUACAUGCGGGCAGGUGCAAGUAGCCGAUAUCGGGUUCAUGGGAUGUAUGACUAGGGAUGAAAAUGGGAAGACUUGUGAUGGAGUUGAUGUGUACUUAGGAGGCAGAAUUGGAAGUGACUCUCAUUUGGGAGAUAUUUAUAAGAAAGGUGUGCCUUGCAAGGACUUGGUGCCUGUAGUUGUGGACAUUUUGGUUGAUAAAUUUGGAGGUGUUCUAAUUGAGAGGGAAGAGUUGGAGGAUUAGGUUAAAGAUUCAAUCUUUCAUUCUUGUUUCUUGUUCCUCAUUCUUUGGAAAGAGUGUAAUACAAGCAAUUGGUGCUGAAAUGAAAAUUGUAGCUUGCAGGACAAUUAUGAAGUCAGAAACAGAUUAUGGGAUUUGCAUUUCAGUGCUUAGCUUCUGACUAAUUGGUUUCAUUUGGUGUAAUUCUGGUAUGUAUUUUGGUGUAAUUCUGGUAUGUAUUUAGAAAUCUACAACUUACACUUAAACAUGUAAUUUGAGGUAGUGAAAUAAUGGAAAUAAUCAAGAUAUUUGUAUGUUUUGUUCA